CUUUAACAUUGGUAAUUCCUGGUAUAUGCCAUCCCAAUCAUGAAGUAUUUAGAAAAAAUAUAUGCAUGCAACUCUAUAUGUAAGCUGCAAUUCAUCUGCAAACACAAGUUCUAAACAUCUCAGCUAAUUAUUAAGAUCGAUGUUCAAGUCGCAGUAGUACCCAUCAUACAUCAAUUUAAAUGAAGAGUCUACGAUGGUUUCACUGUCCUGUUCUUUUCAGUUUUCUUGUAGUCAAGUGCAUGGCAUGAUUUGGGUGUCCUCAAAAGAUUUGAUUUACAAGAUGUUGUGCUGAUUAACCAUACCUUUAAAUGAAUCAUGAAGCAUGUGCUAUAAUAAGAUUUGAGCUUCUCAAAGUUUGAAUGGUUUACUCGUGCUCUUCUACAUAUCUACUAUUUAUUUUUCCUUUCUGUCAGAGUUUGUUCUUUCCUUAAUAGUUUCGUGCGCCUGUAAAUAAAUUAUUUGUCUGCCAAAUGAAUGCGACGUGAAUUAUCAUCCAUGUGAGACGAUCAUCCUACUCGAAGUACCCGAUUAUUUUUUGUAUUUGAAUGAAUGUUGAGCAUUAAUCGGUGUUCUCAACCAACCGAUUUCCAAAUUCAAUCGGAAUAUUUAUACUAAUUCAGUUUGAUUUGGAAAAUAUAUAUUGAUAUAUAUAUGGCUUAUUCUUUCUGUAAGUUCCCACGUAUACUUUGUCUGCUACUGAAACUUGUAGCUAUUAUUCUCCAUUGCAAUGCAUGUGAAUUUGACAAUCAGGAAGAAAAGGAAUCUGACAACGUUAUUCACACAGCUGAGCUGCUCUCAAUUAGUUGACUAUUGUUUCACUACCACAACUGAGAAUGCAGAGCAAUUUUACUUUUAUUCUCUGUGAAUGUUGACUUCUUUGUUAGUGUCGUUCAAACCGUGCAAACGUGAUGCUCCUGUUUGUCAGUUCCACCAUACUUAAGUUGUAGGAAAUGAUAAUUACAUGGCCAGCUUCAUUUCAUAGCCUACUGUCAAAUGAUUAGAAGGUGGGAGAGAUUUUUUUCGAGAAUAUAUAUCCAUUGAUCGUUAUUUCAUUAUAGUAAAUAUAUCCUCCUCUAUAUAAUUGGACAUCUGUUUAGAUAGUUUACUUGCACUAGUUGUGGCAAAAAAAAAAAAAAGACAAAUAUAUUUGUCCUCAGUGUUUUCGUCAAUCCGUCCCAAGGUCAACACGGAAGAGAUAGUUUACUUGCACUAGUGAUGCUUAUCGUUGUGCAUUAGAGCUGGUGAUUGGUGCCAUCGAAAUCAAUAGGAAACCGACUACACUUCAGAUCAAAUGCAUUUGACAUUAAAAAGGAUUGAUAUCAACGUAACGGCACUUGGUCGAGGAGACAUAAUCCAAUCAUUCAUGGUUUUUAUUGUUGCUUUCUUUAACAAAAUAUAGGUCCAGUGGCCAAGCUACCCCACCAAAUCGACCUGAUGUAAUGAUCUGGAUUCUACAAUUUGAUUGCCCUUGGCGUGUUCCCUUUUCCUUCCACUCUUAUUAUUAUAAACUAUCGACUAAUAUUUAAUGGCACCAUUAACAUUAAUUAAUUAUAAUUCAAUGCGUGCAAAUAUUUAUUAGAUUAAGAAAGAAAGAAAAAAAAGAGAAUAAAUUAUUAAAUUAAAGAUUUUAAAUUUGGAUUAUGCUAGACCGGCAGGACAUCUGCUGGGCCGAGUAAGCCUGAAGGCCCGUUUACACUUGCAGCUGCAGACUGCAGUGUACAGAAAAGCAGCCUGAAUUAUUCCCAUUUUUCUCAGAAUUCGCAUGCCUCUGCGACUCCGACAACUCGAACGAGCACUCGCCGGCGUCGGCGCAUCCCUCUCCUCCUACUCCACCGCCGCAGCCCACGCCGACGCCUCCUGUGGCCAAUCCUUCCGCACGCAACUCCCCCCGCCCUCCUCCGUUCUCCAAUGGAAUACCCUCAUCCGAGGCAGCGACAGCCCGCUCGGUGCCUUCCGCGUCUUCCGUUCCAUGCUCCGCCAAGGCUUUCCUCCCAACAACUUCACCUUCCCCUUCCUUCUCAAGGCGUGCUCCGCGCGCGCGAUCGAGCCUCACGGUUGCGCGGCGCAUGCCCACAUCGUCAAGGCUGGUCUCCACCUAGAUCCCUACGUGCGAUGCGGCUUGAUGCACUUGUACUCCCAGAGGAACGACCUCGCCGCCACUCGCCGAGUGUUCCAAGAGCGCCUCGACGAGGACACUGGCUGUUGCAACGCUUUGAUUCAUGGGUACGUCGAGGCCGGAGAGUUGGGCCUCGCGCGGGGCGUCUUCGAUGCGAUGGAGCGCAGGGACGCCGUCUCCUGGAACACAAUGAUCCAUGGCUACGCCGUCGCAGGAGACUUGAGCGAGGCUCGGAACCUGUUCGCUCGGAUGCCCCAACUAAAUGUCGUAUCUUGGAACUCCAUGCUCGCCGCGCACGCCAGACAAGGUGACGUCGAGAGUGCUCGGAAGGUGUUCGCUGAAAUGCCGAAGCGCGACGUAUUCUCCUGGAACACAAUGUUAGCGUGUCUUGCCCGGAGCAAGUGUGCAGACGAAGCUCUGGCACUCUUCGAGGAGAUGAAACGAGCCAACGAGAAGCCAAAUGAUGCAACGAUGGUAAGCUUGUUAUCAGCUUGCUCUCAUUUAGGAGCCCUUGAUCGAGGGAAGCAACUCCAUCAGAGUAUGGACGAGAAGAACAUAAAGAUCAAUACUAUCCUAGCCACUGCGUUGAUAGACAUGUAUGCAAAGUGUGGAAGCAUAGCACUUGCAAUGGAAAUCUUUCGAGAUAUCCAGCACAAAGACCUGCUCGCAUGGAAUACAAUUAUUGGUGGAAUGGCAAUCCACGGGCAUGCUGAAGGGGCACUUCAGCUUUUUAAUGAAAUGACUAACAGUGGCAUUAGCCCAGAUGAUAUAACUUUUGUGAUGCUCCUCACUGCCUGCAGUCAUGCAGGGAUGGUGACGGAGGGCAAACGCAUGCUCGACUGCAUGAAGGAUGAGUAUGGAAUUGAUCCAAAGGUUGAGCAUUAUGGAUGUGUUAUUGAUCUCCUUGCACGCGCUGGCUUGUUAGAGGAAGCAAUGGAGCUUACUAAACAUAUGCCAAUGGAGCCCAAUGCUCCUACAUGGGGAGCUUUGCUGGGUGGAUGCAAGAUUCACAGAAACAGUGAGAUCGCAGAUGGUGUGGGUAAACACCUUAUCCAUCUUCAACCAAGGCACAGCGGCCGGUACAUCCUGCUCUCCAACAUUUAUGCCACAGUUGGUCGUUGGGAUGAUGUGAACAAGAUCAGAAGCAAUAUGUUAGUAAGUGGUGUUGCAAAGAUCCCUGGUAUCAGUAUGAUUGAGUUGGAUGGUAAAGUAAGUCAGUUUGUGGCUGGUGAUCAGUCCCACCAGCAGUAUGAGGACAUCUACCUGAAGCUGAUGGAGACAUUUGAGCGCUUGAAGGUUGAAGCUGGGCAUUUACCUGCGACAUGGGAAGUGUCACUCGACAUUGAGGAAGAAGAAAAAGAACAAGCUUUGUCUGUUCAUAGCGAGAAGUUAGCUAUUGCCUUGGGGCUCUUGCGCACAGACACUGAGGCUACCAUUAGAAUUUUCAAGAACCUGAGAGUGUGUAACGAUUGUCACAGUUUUACAAAGUUGAUCUCAAGAGUUUACAAAAGACAAAUUAUCAUGAGAGACAGAAAUAGGUUUCAUCUAUUUAAAGAUGGAGCAUGUUCUUGCAUGGACUUUUGGUAGAAGGACCAUAUCAAAUUGACAUCACUCAUUGCCAUUGAAGACAUCGUAACAGAUGCAACAUCAGCCACAUAAUUCGAGCGAUUUACUAUGGGUAAUGCUCUAACGACCCAAGUAGCAAAAUCUUAUAAUUAUAAUACAUAUAUUAGUAAGUGGACGGACGUUGCAUUUACAUGUAUGCAGUUUAUCAGGCGUGACCUUCGUAAAACUACUACACUCGCACAGGCGUGUGCAUGCGUGUAUAUAUGUACGAGCACGCGUGUGGAGAUCUAAAAGCCCAAUCUAGCUUGUGCAUAUAAAACUAAUUAAUUUUUCACAGAGGACAUUGUCAUAGAAGUUCCCUUUUUCUCCAACAUAAUAAUGUUACAUCCCUCAUUGUCAGCCCCAUAAUGAGAUGAAAGCAGAUCAGAUCAAUCGGCACUAAGCUACACCUUAAAU